CCUCACCUGCUGGGGGCAGGGCGUUCCCUCCCCGCCCUAAUCCUGGCUUCAGCCCCGCCUCCGCCGGGAGCCUCCUCCGAGCCCUCUUGGAGGCUCCCCCGAGAAGACAGGGGAGGCGGCUGUGGCGGUGGCUGGAGAGCGAGCCGGAGUCCGAGCGACAGCGACAGCGACAGCACGGACUGCAGCGGGGGUGGGAGCCGGAGCCCCGGGGGGAGCGGACGGCAGACAGGUGCAGCCAUGUCACUACCUGUAGAUCCCUUGGGGUCAGCAUGGAUGAGUCCUGAGGAGCUGGUAAGCCAGACACGACAAGUGGUCCAAGGUCUGGAAGCUUUGAGAGCUGAGCAUCGUGGCUUGGCUGGGCGACUACAGGAAGCCCUGACGGAGGCUGGGGCCGACUCAGAAGGAGAGACCUUCCCAGGUCUGGAUCUGCUGAGGGAGAAACACCGUGCUCUGAGCCAGUCCCUGGAGGCCAUUGAGCUAGGGCUGGGAGAGGCCCAGGUGUUGCUAGCACUGUCCACACACAUGGGGGCUCUGGAGGCUGAGAAGCAGCGGCUGGGAGCCCAAGCUCGGCGCCUGGCCCAGGAGAAUGCGUGGCUUCAGGAAGAGCUGGAGGAGACAAGGAAGAGGCUGCAGGCCAGCGAGGAGACUGUGGCCCAGCUUGAGGAGGAGAAGAGUCACCUGGACUUCUUGGGCCAGCUGAGGCGCUAUGACACCUUGGAGGAUGAGGGCCGCCAGGAUGCAGCCAAGGCAAAGACCAAGGAACGUGGAGACAACCUGGCCUCUCUGUUCCCCAGCGAGGACAAGAAAAGUCCCGAGGCAUUUGGUGCAGCAGCUGCCCAGCAAGGUGGCUAUGAGAUCCCGGCCCGCCUGAAGACCCUGCACAACCUUGUCAUCCAGUAUGCAGGGCAGGGACGUUAUGAGGUGGCCGUACCCUUGUGCCGCCAGGCCUUGGAGGACCUGGAGCACACAUCUGGUCACUGCCAUCCCGACGUGGCCACCAUGCUGAACAUCCUGGCCCUGGUGUACCGGGACCAGAACAAAUACAAGGAGGCCACAGAACUUCUCCAAGACGCCCUGCAGAUCCGGGAACACACACUGGGGUCCGAGCACCCAGCAGUGGCAGCCACCCUGAACAACCUGGCUGUGUUGUAUGGGAAACGGGGCCGCUAUCGGGAGGCAGAGCCCCUCUGCCAGAGGGCUCUGGAGAUCCGUGAGAAGGUGCUGGGUGCUGACCACCCGGACGUGGCCAAACAGCUGAACAACCUGGCCUUGCUGUGUCAGAACCAGGGCAAGUUUGAAGAGGUGGAGAAGCAUUACGGCCGGGCGCUGGCCAUCUACGAAGCCCUGGGGGGCCCUGACGACCCCAAUGUGGCCAAGACCAAGAACAACCUGGCCUCAGCUUACCUGAAACAGAACAAAUACAAACAGGCUGAAGAGCUGUACAAGGAGAUUCUCAGCAGGCAGGACCUCCCGGCCCCCCUGGGGAACCCUGGCAUGGGAGCUUCAGGGGACAAGGAACACCAGAUCCUGCGACGGAGUACCUCCUUUUCCAAGCUCCGAGAGUCCAUCCGAAGGGGGAGUGAGAAGCUGGUAUCCCGCCUGAGGGGCGAGGGAGCCACUGGGAUGAAGCGGGCUAUGUCCCUCAGCGUGCUCAAUACCGAGGACUCCAGGGCCAGAAACAUGGAGAUGUCAGUCAGCCAGCUGAGCCAAAUGAGACCACUGAGCACCAGCACCCAGGACCUCGGCCACCCCCUGGACCACCGCUAGCAGCCAGGCGGGGCCGCAGAAGCUUCUCAGGAACUCGGCUGUGAGAUGAGGCAUCAGGGGCAUCCCCUCCCCUCCUACCCCCCCCCCCCAGUUCCCUCUGGCUAUAUUUAUUGUAUUUAUACCUACCUAGAGGCGUCCUCACCCCAGGGCUGAAGCACUGGAGAUAAAACUACCUGGCCUACCCUUCCCUGGCUGUUCGCACAUUCUUGGGAGGCAGCAAAAGCCUCCCCUCCCCCAACACAUACACCUUUGGAGAAAUCACCACCCCUCCCUGGGGCCUGCAUUUCCCCAUCUGUACAGUGAAGGGUCCCUUUACUUCUACAUCUGGAGUCCUCCGUAAUGGCCCUAUGACUGCAUUUGUCAAUAGAAGGGUUUUAGGACCUCAAAGUCUAGAGCAGGAAGAGAUUCUGGAACUCAUCCAGAAAGCAUAGAGCACUUGGGGCUGUAAAUGGAAUCCCUGCUCUGCCAUACUUUGUAUGGCAAGAGGACCUGGGUUCAAACCCUGCCUUGGAUGUGUGAAAAAUGAAUGAUUUCUAUUUAAUAACUAAUUACUGAAU